AUGAUGACAUUGGCCUCACCUGCGGCAUCGCAUCUACCAGACUCUCCAAGCUUACCAUCCGAGCAAACAUUGCAACACUACCUGCAAUCCCCCAAAAUAACCAAGAAGAACAAUAACACAGUAACAGCUGGCACUGCUACUGCUCCAGUGAGAUCCCUCACAAUUUCCAAACCCAAGGCAAAGAAAGAAGGUGAUUUGCAAAUUAAGUUCAGACCAACCAUCAUUCUAGUCGCCAAGUACUCUUUUACUGCUGAAUCGAACAAUGAGUUGAGUGUUACCAAAGGUGAUAUAUUAAAGUUGUUGGACCAGCCACGCGACGGUUGGAUAUUGGUAAAGUAUAUUGACAAAUUGCACUCACCAGGGCUAAUUCCAGCGGCGUAUGUUGAUAUAGCCGUGAACGAUCAAGUACAUCCAAUAACUAUAAAUUGGUUGCAUGGUGUUGAACAUGCAGACAUUGUCAAGGAGCACAGCUACUUGAACUUACAAUUCAACAAAGUGGAAGCAGUUUUUCAAACAAUCAAUAAUAAGGCGUAUCCAGUAUCUGCUUCAAUUCUGAACUUUUUCUUGUUCAACAACAGGUAUUGGUAUCGCUUGGAUGUAAAUUACAGCGACAAGUCAAAAGCCCACUUGUGCCGAUACUAUCAGGAUUUUUAUAAUUUGCACAUUACAUUGUUGGAUUUGGUUAGUCGGAUCAGCGAGAGUGCUAAACUGGAGGAAUUGAAAUUGCCAAAAUUGCCUGAACCAUUGCCAACCACAACAACUUUGAAUCACUAUGAAGAGAGUGAGGACACAAAGGAAGACGCCAAAACCGACAAGUCUUUUGAGCAGGAAACGGCUCAAGUCAAUAUGUUGUUGAAAAGAUGCAAUGAUUUGAAUGUUUACAUAAACAAACUAAUUUUGAACAAAUAUUUCCAGACUUCUAUCGAGUUGGUUGAGUGGUUGGAGUUAGGAUACAAGGACUUGCCAGGUUUUAUUGUUGAGUUUAUUACUGAGGAAAAAGAAGAGGGAGUAGCUGAUGGUGAAAUUGCCAGUAAGAUAUUGCCUGGUUCAAUUGAUGUUCUAAAAAUUUAUCAAGAGCGGAAAUUAGAGAAGGAGCAAGAAGCGGAAGCUUUAAAGAAGGAUCGGGAAGCAGAGGCAAAUGAAGUCGAUGAUGCUGAUUUACCUGCAAGAACAAAGUCGAAGAAUAUCUACAAUAACUACCAACAAGCGUCUCAUAUAAUGGCACAAGCUUCAAGGCAGGGAUCUGUGAAGUUGGGUAGAGCCAACUCAAAAUCCAUCCUGUCUAGUGGUACUAGAAAUUCCGACCCUCAAAACAGUCUGCCAAGAGUGUUGUUGCACGGACUAGCAGACACAACAGACUACAUUGAUACAUCAACGAACAGUGCAUCCACAAGCUUCUCUCCUAUUGACGAGGAGCAGGUAGCUAUUUACUCACCAGAUACUUCACGAGGCUCCCAUUCUUCCAAGUCAUCGCGCAAAGACUCGCUCAAGCCGGUCAAGGAGUCUGAAAUCAUGUCACAGCCACCAUUUACUGGCUCACAAAUGUCAUCGCCAAAAAACUUGAAAAAUGGGCGUAAUGAUACUAUCGUUCCGCUGAAUCCACAACUGCCACAUUUGCAACAAAAGGUACAAGCCGCAGCCAAUCCGGUUACUCACUCUCCCACUCAUCAGUACAGUCCGAGAUUUGGACCUUUGCCUAAAGCGCAAGCUCAGUAUACGCACGAGUCUAAAUUUUCUCCUCAUGAUAAACCAUACCACGUGCCACAGUCCAUGCCGUCCAAGAUGUCACCAAUGGGCGUCAACACGAAUGUGUUUCCAAUAAGCGGAUACGCAAUGACCAGGCAACCCAGCACAAAUGACAAUGCAAAGAAUGCACAAGUUUCGGUUGCGUCAAACUUUCCUCAGAGCUCUUCCGGCUCGCCAUCGCCGACUUCUGCCAAUGUCCUUUCCAGUGUGAGCCAUCAAUUCAUCAAGUGUAAGAUCCUCAACCCACGUGAUGAAGUUAUUGCUUUAAAGUUGCCCAAAUCUCAGAUCAAGACCAUUGGUGAUUUGAAAAAUUUCGUCAAGAGUAAAGUCUUUUACAACAAGUUGUUUAUCAAAUUGCCCAAUUUAAACAAUUUUGAAAAUAUCGAUGUUGUGAGAUUUAAUAUUACUGAAUUUUUGAAAUUCAAUGAUAUGGUCUUGUUGAGGAUUGCGUGA